AUGCAUCGCUCUCCGGAAAAGGUGUAUGAGAGGUCUCCGCUGCUGUUUUGGACUAUCUGUGCAACAGCUUCUGCGGAGGGAACUCGAAUGCAGUUUGAGGAACCGGUUCGAACGCAAAUUACCCGCAUACUCGACCCAUCCCUCUCAACUGUAGAGGUGGUGCAAGCCUUACUCAUUCUUUGCUUGUGGCCUUUUGCCUUUGUCUCUCAGAAAUCUGAUCCAUCCUUCAUCUAUGGCGGAAUAGCGACCCAAAUUGCCUUGCAAAUCGGGCUGCAUAGGCCAGCAAUGGAUCAGCCUCAGAAUUCCGACCCGGGAGGCGUCGACGAAGACGAAGAGAUUCGAGCCACCACCUGGAUUGCGUGCUUCAUUGUGAACCAAAUCCUAGCAAGCAGACUUGGUGUUCCUUCAGCCACCCUCGCAGAUCACGCACUGCUCGCCUCAUUGGAAAACCCUGCAGUCCCUGCACAGCUUUCUCGACUGUGUGCGAUCUCACAUCUUACAGUCGAAUCAAGUCAAGCAAUAGGUGCUCGCGCUUCAAAUGGCUCUGGACUGGCCGAUCCGGUUCCUCGAGUUAGUCUGAUUAACGUGUUUGCGAGGCAGUUUGACGAGCUUCGCGCUAAAAGACUCUCAGAACCAAGCGACAUAGAAGAAAUUUUCUUUUUGAGCUCGAUGCUCCAAUUGUGGUCCUUUGCUCUGCAUGAUGAUGUGCCCGUGUCGUCGGAAUCCUUCCACAUUGUCCAGAGAGCUCGAGAAGACGCCAUAAGGUUGAUUCAGCUUGCCAGGGAGAAAAACCUGACACUGGUUCCUUUCUAUACCUGCCGCUCGGUCUGUUAUGCAGCCCUCCUACUGUACCAUAUCAAACUCAGUCCUUAUGCGGUGAGAGAUGAACUGCUUGAUGAUCACAUCAUGCGAGCGCAAGAAGCACUCCGUUUACUAAAGAGUCCAAAUCUGCCACAGUUCCUUGCGACCGUGACAUCACCUGAGAAUCGGGAGGAGUUUAUUGCAAGACGAGACAAGAACUCGUCACAUCGCUGGAAAAUGGGGGCGUCUUUGGUAUUCGACUCUGCUCGAGCAUAUUCGAAUCUGCUGCGAUCCAACGUCUACUUCUGCCCAGAGUUUCUAGACCUUGAUGGUUUCCUGUUCGAUGGGUCUACCAGUUUCGCAAGCUAA